UAUUGGGCAACGGGGAUAUGAAAUUAUUACAGCACAGCCACUUGUGAAGGAAACAUCUCAUCAUGAGAACAGCAGUCGUUGUUUUGUGUGUUGUAGCUGGCGUUGCAGCAGUACAGGUUGGAUACUUACCAGCUGCGACCAGCUAUGUGUACCGAAGUGACAGCAAUGGCCCGGCUCAUGUCAUAGAAGUAGGCUCACACGGAUACCAACAACCUCAAGCCUUCGCCCCCUUACCUGUAAAGGCAUACGACAUCGCACCGCUCCCACUGCCGUAUGUGGCCGCGAAACCAAUAGUAAUUGAAGAUGCUGAAGAAGAUGAUUCAACUUUAGAGGAUUCUGAUGAAGGGGAUGAGGGGUACCUCGGUCACGACGACGGUCAUGAGAGUGGAACUGGUAAUAAUUACAACGUCGAACAUCAUUCAGCUCACGGUGAAAAAGGAAGCAAAGGUCAUCACUCCAAAGGACACCACGAGAAGGGAAUAGCUGGACAUUACGGUAAACAACACAAGGAAGGAUCCUUCCAUGAAUCUGAAGGUGGUCAUAAAGCUCAUCAUGAUGAAGCCGACGCACAUGGAAAACAUCACCAGGCUGGCGAAAGCUACAAGGGCGGGGACCAUGGACACAAGAAGCACUUCAGUAAAGGCGAAGAAAUCACGGGAUACCAUAAAGUAUUCAACAAGGACGAGUUCAAGAAAGACCAUGACUUCUAUGACGUAGCUGAUGACAGUGGAAGCUUCAAGAAACAUGGUUACAACUCAGCCCAUCAUGGUUCAGAAGGCGGUGCUCAUAAGGAAGGCGGACACGGGGAUUCAGGCUACAACAAAGGAGGUUUCGGAAAAGCUGGCUUCAAAUCCAAGGGCUAUGUUGAUGAAUCUGAUGCUAGCCAUUCGAAGGAGGACGGCGAGGAGAGUCAUUACAAACAUGGCGAAGGUUACGGUAAAAAAGGAGGCAGCCAUUAUGAAAAGGAAUACGAAUUCAACGACGACAGUGACAAAGAUGGCGAUCACGACGAAUGAAUAAAAUUAAUUAAUUAAAUGUAAUUUAUUCAACUAAUUAAUAAUUUUGUUAUGUUUGAUACACGGUGAUGAUGUAAAUAUUUUUGUAGAGUCAAUUUAAAUAAAUAUCUU